AUGAAGUCCACCGUUGCUCUUCUCUCGCUCGCCGCCGGCGUCAUCGCCGAUGGCGUCACUUCGGCUAUCGCCCCAAAGUCCUCGGCCCCCGCUGGCUGUGACGGGUCCUUCCAGGACAAGUUCGAGGUCACUGUGGUCGUUGUCAAGAACCAGAAGCGUGACCGGCCUUACAUGAAGCGCAGCACUUGCUCUAGCAACGGUGCCCUGCUCCUGACCCUGGCCGACGGUGUCCUGACCGAUGCUAAGGGCCGGACUGGUUACAUUGCCUCCAACUACCAAUUCCAAUUCGACGGCCCGCCGCAGGCUGGUGCCAUCUACACGGCCGGUUUCUCCGUCUGCGGCAACGAAUCGCUCGCUCUGGGCGGCUCGACGCAGUGGUGGCAGUGCAAGUCGGGCAACUUCUACAACCUCUACGACCGCAACUGGGCCCCCCAGUGCGAGGCGGUCGAGAUCGUUGCCAUGCCGUGCGGUGGUAGCGGGCCCAACGCGGCUGAGUCCAACGACGGCCAGGUUGUUGCUACGCAGGUCAUCACCACCACGAUUGUAAAGCCCAUUUCCGACGGCCAGCCGCAGGUCAUCACCACCACGAUCCCUGUCCCCAUUUGCCAGAUUAACGAUGCUACGACCGCGGCGAACCCCAACACUGGUGUCCCUGUCAGCCAGUUCUCGGAUGGCCAGAUCCAGGCUACCACGCCGGCGACCACCAACACGGCUCCUGCUGUCGUCCAGACCUCUGAUGGCCAAGUCCAGGUUACUACCCCGGCCGCCACCAUUGCUCCUGCUUCGGUCAAGACGUCGUCUGCAGCCAAGAACGGUACUGCCGUUCCCUCGGCCAAGACCAGCUCCCCUGGCGGCACCACCACCGGCCCGGUGCCUAUUAGCACGAGCGGCGCUCUCCGUGCCACUGUCAGCCUGGGCUCCUUUGCUGCUCUGGCCAUGUCCAUGGCCGGUGCCUACUUCUUGUUGUAA